CGCGAGAGCCGCUGCGCGCCAAGCUCUGGGUUCCCGACUCGCGCGGCAGGUGUCACGUGGCGGGCACAGGGCCGGACGCGGGUCGGCGGGUCUCGGACUCUGCUCGCGGCGGCAGCAGCGUGGUCGGCGGCGGGUCUCGGGGGCGCUGGGCUGUGCGGGACCCUGUGCCGGUAACUUUGAACUGGUGCAAUGAUGACUGCAGUCAACAGCACUCACAAGGACACUGACCUGUGGUCCUCGCAUGAUAAAAUGCUGGCGGAGCCCCUGAAAGACAAUGACACUGAGGUUUACAACAUCAUCAAGAAGGAGAGUAACCGGCAGAGAGUCGGGUUGGAGCUGAUCGCGUCAGAGAAUUUCACCAGCCGGGCAGUUUUAGAGGCCCUCGGCUCUUGCUUAAAUAACAAGUACUCUGAGGGUUACCCAGGCCAGAGGUAUUAUGGUGGGACUGAGUUCAUCGAUGAGCUGGAGAUCCUUUGUCAGAAGCGAGCGCUGCAGGUCUAUGGUCUGGAUCCUGAGUGCUGGGGGGUCAACGUACAGCCCUACUCAGGCUCCCCUGCCAACUUUGCAGUGUACACUGCCUUGGUGGAGCCCCACGGGCGCAUCAUGGGCCUGGACCUGCCCGAUGGGGGCCACCUGACACACGGGUUCAUGACAGACAAGAAGAAAAUCUCUGCUACGUCCAUCUUCUUUGAAUCUAUGCCCUAUAAGGUGAACCCAGAAACUGGCUACAUCAACUACGAUCAACUGGAGGAAAAUGCACGCCUCUUCCACCCGAAGCUGAUUAUUGCAGGAACCAGCUGCUACUCCCGAAACCUGGACUACGCCCGACUGAGGAAGAUCGCGGAUGACAACGGGGCGUAUCUCAUGGCCGACAUGGCGCACAUCAGCGGGCUGGUGGCUGCGGGCGUGGUGCCCUCUCCCUUUGAGCACUGCCACGUGGUGUCCACCACCACCCACAAAACCCUGAGAGGCUGCCGAGCCGGCAUAAUCUUCUACAGGAGAGGAGUGCGCAGCGUGGAUCCCAAGACCGGCAAAGAGACCCUGUACAACCUGGAGUCGCUUAUCAACUCUGCUGUGUUCCCAGGCCUGCAGGGAGGUCCCCACAACCACGCCAUUGCUGGGGUCGCUGUGGCCCUGAAGCAAGCCAUGACUCCGGAGUUCAGACUUUACCAGCACCAGGUGGUGGCCAACUGCCGAGUUCUGGCUGAGACCCUGAUGGAGCUGGGCUACAAAGUGGUGACAGGUGGUUCUGACAACCAUUUGAUCCUCGUGGAUCUCCGCUCCAAAGGCACGGAUGGUGGAAGGGCUGAGAAGGUUCUAGAAGCCUGUUCUAUUGCCUGUAACAAGAAUACCUGUCCAGGUGACAAAAGUGCACUGCGGCCCAGCGGACUGCGUCUCGGGACUCCAGCGCUGACAUCUCGAGGACUUUUGGAGAAAGAGUUCCAGAAAGUGGCCCAGUUUGUUCACAGAGGGAUAGAACUGACUCUGCAGAUUCAGAACGACAUCGGUGCCAGGGCCACCCUAAAGGAGUUCAGAGAGAAACUGGCAGGGGACGAGAAGCACCAAAGGGCCAUCAGGGCUCUCAGGGAGGAAGUGGAGAGCUUCGCCUCUCUCUUCCCUCUGCCUGGCCUGCCUGACUUUUAGAGGAGCCGCACCUGCCCUCAGGCACCUGCCCAGGAACCACCUGCUCGAGGACCCAGUGCCCUUCUGAGAAGAGACGGGAGAGCUGCCCUACACGGGACCGACUGCAUCGACUGCUUUGUGCCCCGAGGGGGUUUCUUUCUCUGCUUUCCUCAUUCCUUCACAAAUCAAAAUUUGUUUUUAAGACCCAUUGUUAAUAAUUCUGGGACAAGUUACUGAGGCAUUUAAAUUAUCCUUUCUCUUAGCUGUAUAAAAAGUUCUUCUGGAAAAAAUGAAGUACUGAGACUGGA